ACUCAAUCAUUAAUAAAUAAAAAAUUAAAAAACUCUGGAACCUGACGAACACAAUAUAAGGAGCUACUCUUGCAGUUCCAAAUCCUUUUUCUUUCUUUUCGGUUUCCCUAAUCAAGGAUUCGUCCCUGCUGUGUUAUGCGUUAAUUGUUUAUUAACAAUCAUUCCAGGAAAUACUCAUUGCAAUUGGGUCUUCUUCAGUUGUCAUUGAAAACAACAAUGCGGGGCUAUGACAAUGAAAGAGAUGAUUAUGAUGAUUAUUACGAAGACGAAGAACAGGAAGAGUAUGAAGAAGAGGGUGAGGAAGAGUAUGAAGAAGAGGAUGAGGAGCCUAGGAAACCUUCAAAGGAAGAAAUGGAGUACCUUGAGUUGAGGAAGAAGCUGAAAGAAUCAAUUAGAAAGCAGAUGAAGAAGGAGGGUAGUGGUAGUAGUGCAUCGCGCCUGGAUGCAACAGACCGAAGGAAAAAUAAGCUUCCUUAUGAUAAUUACGGUUCCUUUUUUGGUCCAUCUCAACCAGUUAUUGCGCAGAGAGUUAUCCAGGAGAGCAAGUCAUUGCUGGAAAACCAGCAUUUGGCAUCUAAGGUUCCUAACCCACAUCAUGCUAAGAAAAGCCAGAAUAAAGCACCUAGUGGGGGAUCAAAGUCUUCUUCUCAUCAUCCGCCACCCAAAGUCAGCGAGGUGCAAGUUAAAGCCCAGAAACUCAAGAAUACUAGAGAUUACUCAUUUCUUUUAUCUGAUGAUACGGAGCCUCCAGCACCUUCUAAAGCUCCCCCACCUCAUAAUAUGCAUAUACGAAAUUCUGAGGGACGACCAGCUCAAGUUCCAGCACGGAGUAAACUGCCUCCAAUAAGCAAUGGUAGCAAGCAUGCUCGUGCAAGUCAUGAGGAACGGAACCUAGGUUCUGUGGCUGGCCGUUUGCCUCCUAAAUCAGGAUCUGUUUAUAAGACUAGUUCAACCAGUAAGCCUAGUAUGGUAUCAGCUGAUUCUAGAAAACAGCUUGGCAACAACAGUGGUAAUGGACCAGGCCGGCCAGUUGGGUCAAAUGGCAUGUCUUCAAAGAUGUCUGUUGGUAACCCUGGGAACAAGUCUUCAACACCUGGUGUAAAAAACCCUGUCAAUGGUAUGUCAAAAUCACUCCCUUUAAAGCCUCAUCCACCCGUUUCAAGGCAGAGUAUGGAGCAAAGAAUUCCAAGGCAGAAUGUUGAACACAGAAUUCCUAGGCAGGGCUUGGAACAAAGAAUUCCUAGGCACAGCAUGGAACAAAGAAUUCCAAGGCAGAGCAUGGAACAAAGAAUUCCAAGGCAGAGCAUGGAACAAAGAAUUCCAAGGCAGAGCAAUGAACAAAGAAUUCCGAGACAGAGUAUGGAUCAAAGAAAUCCGAGACAGAGUGUGGAUCAAAGAAAUCCAAGGCCGAGUGUGGAUCAAAGAAAUCCAAGGCAGAGUAUGGAACAAAGGAAAGACAUACGAGAACUAAAUAGACCUAAAAUGAUACCAAAACAACCUGUGGCAUCAUCAAAACCACAGAUAAGUAGGCCACUUAAACAUAAUUCAACGCAUACUGCUUCACAAGAUCAUCGUCCCAAGCCUAAGGUUGGGAGACGGCCCUUUGAUGAGGAGGAGGAUGAAAUGGAUAUCAGUAACAUGAUCAGAUCAAUGUUUAACUACAACCCCAAGAAGUUUGUUGAUGACGAUGAUGAUGAUGAUAUGGAGGCAGGCUUUGAUGAAAUCAUGAGGGAAGAAAGGAGGAGUGCCUUAAUUGCUAGAAGGGAGGAUGAGGAGCAACUUAGAUUGAUUGAGGAGGAAGAGGAAAGAGAGAGAAGAAGACGAAUGGCGAAGUUAAAGAAACGGAAGUUUGGUGAGUAGCAGUAUUACCACCAAGAGUAUCGUUUGACUUCCAAAACAUGUCAUUGUUUUUGGUAUAAUGAAUAUUCCCUUUUUUUCCAAAGGGUAGUUGAAUCAUGGGAUUAAAUUAUUCAAUUCAUCAAAUGAGAAGAUAUAAAAUGGUUUGCCCUCACGUUCGCUUUUUUCAAUUUGAAUUGUAUGGAAAAUAUAUACUGUUGUGCAAACGCAGUUUCGAUUAGGGGGCAGUGGUAGGUUUGCAUUGUAAGCUUUACACAUUGAUUGACCGUCAUUAUACCCAAUGGAUUGAUUGGAAAGUGAGAGAUUGUUUAA